AGUGUUAACCUGCCAGGAUAUCGUCGACGGUAAUAUGGUGGGGAAGGAGGUUCGCGAACGGUAUAAGAGUGGGCCAGCAUGUGGAGGCGUCGGCAGUCACACUGACUUACCUUUGAGUUAAACCCGCGACAAUAUCCAAGGGACGUGUGUUAGAGUCCCCAAGAUGAAAGGGACCACAAUUUUGCUGCUUGCAGCAGCGACGUUCGUCGCCUAUGCUUCUGCGCUACCCUACUCUAAGAUUCCCGAUGCGCUGAACUACAAAAAAUCCUCUUCAAAUUCGAACUCCAACUCCUACAGUCAGUCGAAUCAGAAUGAUGCUGAUAUAAGCGGAGCGUACGGUGGCCAAACUUUUUCCGGAAGUAAAUCCUCCGGGUACAGCACAUCCGGCGGUAGCCACAGUCAAAGCUCAAGCUUCUCUUCCGGUACGUUCAAUGGAAAUCUUCCCACCGGUCUUAUCGGAGGAAUUGGACUCGGAGGUGUGGCUCAAAAUCCCGUCAGCUACACGCAAGAAAACUUAUCUUUCGGGAAUCCUGGUACCGCUGGUCUAGGACUUGGCGAUAAUGGAUCCGGUGCUGCUUUGGAGUCCGGUUCUUCCGGUUCUUCUUAUGGCAACGAGGCCGCGUUAGAAGGCCAUUCCGCAGGUCCCGAUCAACAGGUUGUCGGAGUACAACAGAGUUACGGAUCAUCCGGUGAUUACGGUAACGUGGGAAGUGGAUCAUCUGGGAUCGGAUCAAACGUUGCCCUCGGUCAAGCAGGCGGCAAUUCGGCGUCGGAUAACGGAGCUAGCAGCUCCUAUGGAUUGGCCGGUAAGCCACACGGUGGCUGUAACUCGAAUGGUUGUUCUUUGUCCGGGGAUUUCGAUCUAACCAAAGGUUCGGGGGGUGCAUACGCUUCUAACAAUCACGGUGCCCAAGUUGGCAUUAACAUUGAUCGAGGAAAUCCAUUCAUUAAUCAAGGGCAAGAUGGUUCCGGUUACAUUUCAUCCGGUUCAUCGAUCGGACAAUCGGUCGGUUCUGGAUUCAAUCAGGGAGUUUCAUCUGGUUCUGGUGUGGCAAUUGCCGCGUCGAGAAAUCCAUUUUUGAGUGGAGGAUACGCGAGCAGUAAUGCUGGUUCUACUAGCGUCGCUAGUGCCGCAUCAAUCGCUUCGUCUAGUGCUGGAUCGACAGCGACCGGUUCUUACGUAUCUUCAUCUUCAUUGGGUGCCUUCACCGGUGCCGGAAAUCCAUUCCUGCAACCAGGCUCUGAACCUGAUAAAAAAAUUCAUGGAUCUGGACAAGUACCAAUUCCCACAACCGGGUAUAACGUUCCUCAGGGUUUUGGUAUCAACAAAGUUCCCGUUAGUUCCGGAAAUCCCUUCCUACAACCGGGAUCUGGAUCCGCUGUUCUCAUUCCAUCCAUAACGCAAUUUCCCACUCAAACCAUCGGUCAAUUCCCCCCUCAAUCCACCGGUCAAUUCCCCGCUCAAUCCACCGGUCAAUUUCCCGAUCAAUCCACCGGUCAAUUUCCCGCUCAAUCCACCGGUCAAUUUCCCGAUCAAUCCACCGGUCAAUUUCCCGCUCAAUCCACCGGUCAAUUCCCCGCUCAAUCCACCGGUCAAUUUCCCGAUCAAUCCACCGGUCAAUUCCCCUCUCAGUCCAACACCCCCGGUGGUACAUUCACCCCACAACAACCAUCCCCUGGGAACCCAUUCUUUAAACCAAGUUCGGAAUCAAAAUUCAACACUGGCAAUACCGGAUCAAUAGGUUCUUCCGGAUCUGCGAACCACGAUGGUUUUACAGUCAGCUGCAGCGGUCAGGGAAAAAUUUGCGUGGUCAAGGAUCUUUGCGUAAACGGCAUCGUUAAGAAGAGCGGACAAGAAUAUCAGCAAGUUGGAACUGGGAUCCAAGAGUGCAAGGUUGGUCUCGAAGUAUGUUGCACACUGGGAGGUUCUUCUGGUUCAAAUUACCAAGCAGAUCAUUCCGGUUAUGGAUCAGCUAGUUCCAACGCUAAUUCUGAGGCAUCCGGUCAAGCCAGUUCAGGUUCAUAUGGCAGCGUCAUCUUGACUUCGCCCACUUCAUCGAUUAAGGGACGCGAUACCAACGUCAAACAGUCAGGCAAUACCAACGACGGUGGUCUUUUUGGCUCGUCCAUUAACGACUCUGGGGAAGACCUUAAUGCUGGCGAUUCCGUUUACGCUGGAUCUUCAGGGCCAUCGGGCCCAGAGACCGGCUCUGCAUCGAACGGAUAUCUUCCUCCGUACGGAAGCCAACCAAGCAGCAACGUACCCGCAUUCUCAAAACCACCAGAAGAAGACAAAACCCCUGGAUCAAGCGGAGUAGUCACUAGUGUCGAUCUGCCACCACCACCACCCCCAAGGCAACCUUUCGUUCCUGCGCCAGUUACAAUCCAAGUUGGAUGUGCCGCUGCUCUGCUUUGCGUCGAAGAACAGUACUGUACCCUUGAAGGAGUUAUCAGCCCCGUACCAGUUGGUCUGACUAGCCAACAGAUCGAAAGAAGAGCCCCUCUCAGCACAUGCAGGAAUCCGGAGAAUGGUAUUGUCGGCAAAUGCUGCCGUGACCCGAACUACGUCGACCCUUGGCCAACGGGUAAUCUUCCCGCAAAUUACUCAGGCGGUUUCGAUGAACAGGGUUUUCCAACAUAUCUUAACAUCGGCAAAACCAAGCCCCCCAAGAAACAGAUCCCUCCAACUAAGGGUGGCAUUCGCCAGCCCAGUCAGGUGGAUACGAAAUUGGACACGAAAAAUGUAGCUGGACCAAAGCAAUUCGAAAUCUUCAGUUCUCUCUUUAAUGGUCAGUUCCCGUUCCCGGGAUCUGGUCAGACGCAGACUCAAACGGGAGGAGCAACUGACGAAUCCAGCCCAGGUGUUUCGCAAGUCGGAGCUGAUCCCCAAGCUGACGAGGAUCAGACUAAUGAAAAUAAGCCCGAUGGUGGCACCCCUCCUGGCCUAGGGUUCUUUCCAUGGCAAUUACCUGAAUUCAAUUUUCCUCAACCCGGUCUACCUCAACUUGGUCUACCAGACUUCAGUAAUCUAGGAUUCGUGCCUAUGCUGCCAGGGGCAUCGAAGCCAGAGAAUGAGAAAUCUCGUUACGACUCAUCGGCAACCAAUGAAAAUCCUACUUUGAUCGCUACGCACAAACCAGGCACUCAGUGCGGUUUGAGAAACAAAGUUCAACGCCCAAGCGGUUUAGGCAGAGAUGAUGUAGCCUUUGGUGAAAUCACAUGGCAAGCGAUGAUUCUCUCAACCAAGGACCGCAAACUUCUCUGUUCCGGCGCAAUCGUUGCUCCAAAUGCGGUUUUGACGGCAGCUCACUGCGUUGCUGGAUUUAAACCUGAAGAUGUCUCGAUUAAAUCUGGGGAAUGGAAAUUGGGAUAUGAGCUUAAACAUGAGGAGCCCCUUCCCUUCGAAAUUGUUGAGGUAGCAUACAUCGCAUCACACCCUGGCUACUACAGUGAUUCUCCGAGCCACGAUUUGGCAAUACUUUUCCUGCAACAUCCUUUGGCCUUAGACCAACACGUUGACGUUAUUUGCUUGAGUGACAUCCCUCAGCCAAAACCUGGAAGAAAUUGCAUCGCUACCGGAUGGGGAAAGAUCGUCCUCCAAUCGAAUGUGGCUGGAUCCUUAAUGCACAGUAUCAACGUUGAUCUCCUACCCCAAGACGUAUGCAGACGACGUCUAGCUGGUGCUGAAUCCCAAAUAGCAAUUGACGACACCCUGACUUGCGUCAAAGCUCAACAGCAGAGAAACAACUUGUGUCAAGUUGACGUUGGGGGCCCACUGGCUUGCGAUAGAGGAGAUGGUCACUAUGAACUCACCGGCGUCUAUAGUCAAGAUACCGGGUGUAUACCUACGAACCAGGUAGCAACGUUCGCAUUGAUUGAUGUUGACUGGGUUAAGAGUCAGUUGGCAUCUCCACCCCAUUUACAACUGCCGUCUAGGAAUCUUGAGGCUGAAAUACCGAGAGAAGAAUCUAGCAACGUUCAGUUGCAUUAUGAAAACCAAGUCAAGCAGCCAGCGCAAACAUGCGAUUGUCAAAAAAGCAACCUGCCCGCUGCAAACAAUCAGUAUCUUCCCCCCUUGUAAAUUAGAGCUGGAGUCGACUGAUUAACUUUUUUCUAAUCACCUAAGUAUAUGUUACUUUUCUGCCACUGUGCGUAUGUCAUAGCACAAUAUUGCGGAGUGAAGUAUGAUUGAGGAACACGUAAAAAUGCCAUAUAAUAUUAUUUACGAGAUUAUUUACCAGUGCGGUAUAAAUGAAUAAGUUGUUCCUCUCGUCUAUCAUACAUCAACUUUUGAAGAGAGGAGAUUUAACUUAUCAAAAUUUUUUACAUGGCGGGACGCCCUUGUUACCUUAUGACCAUUUAAUAUAGAUAUCAAGCUAUAUACUGUUAUAUAGCAAAAAAAUAUCUAAGAAUACAUUUCCGAAACCCUAAGGUCUGAUUUUUAAUUUAUAUGAUCAUAACUAUAUAAGGAUUAAAUCUAGACAUAGUUUAAAUAAAAUAGGAAUACUUAAGAUAUACCGCGAGGCUCCUUAUCUUUUGAUGUAGAACUUGAUAACUUAUUAUUAAAAGAUUUGGACGCCGACGUAACGAUCCAUGGCAUAUCAAAAUUUUGAAUGUUUUUUUCAUAAAAAAGAGAUGAUAUCGAAAAA